UCUGCACUUUGCUGCGGUGUCCCCGCUGUGCUCAGCGAGUCCCGGCCGCCUCCACCUCCUCCUGCUCUUCCUCCUUCUCCUCUUCGUGCUGCUGCUGCUGCUGCUGCCCCCGGUCAGGAUGUGGCUGUGGCUGCUGGCGCUGCUGGGGCUGUGGCUGCUGUGGCGAUGGCACCGCGAGCGGCAGACGGUGCCCGGCCUGGAGGAGAAGUUUGUGCUGAUCACGGGCUGCGAUUCGGGCUUUGGCAACCUGCUGGCCCGGCAGCUGGACGCGCGGGGGCUGCAGGUGCUGGCGGGCUGCCUGACGGAGUCGGGGGCCGCACGGCUGCGGGCGGCCGCCUCCUCGCGCCUGCAGACCGUCCUGCUGGACGUCACCUCCAGCAGCAGCAUCGCCGCCGCCGCCGCGUGGGUGCAGGAGCGCGUGGGGCAGAAAGGGCUGUGGGGGUUGGUGAACAACGCCGGCACUGCCAACCCCACCGCCCCCAACGAGUGGCUGAGGAAGGAAGACUUCAUGGCGGUGCUGAACGUCAACCUGGUGGGGCUGAUCGAGGUGACAGUCAGCAUGCUGCCGCUGCUGAGGCGGGCGCGCGGCCGCGUGGUCAACGUGUCCAGCAUGGUGGGCCGGCUCUCCGGCUUUGGGGGGGGCUACUGCCCCUCCAAGUUCGGUGUGGAGGCCUUUUCCGACAGCCUCAGGCUUGAGAUGCAUCACUUCGGGGUGAAGGUGAGCGUCAUCGAGCCGGGCUUCUUCAAGACGGGUAUCACCCACUCUGCCAGCGUGGAGAAGAACUUCCUCAAAUUCUGGGAGAGGCUGCCCGAUGAAACCAAAGCGAGUUACGGGGACAAAUACUGGCAGGACUACCUGGCAAGCAUGCAGGUGGCAAACAGGAGCUGCAACCCCAACCUGUCGCUGGUGACGAACUGCAUGGAGCACGCGCUGACCAGCCGCUACCCGCGCUGCCGCUACGCCGUUGGCUGGGAUGCCAGGCUGUUCUUCAUCCCGCUCAGCUACAUGCCCUCCGCCAUCUUUGAUGCCUUCUUCACCCAGUUCUACCCUAAACCUGCCCAGAGAGGGUGAGGCAGUGUGGGCAGAGCUGGCAUCGCCCCACAGCUGACGUCCCACAUCGGCACGCACCGCUCAGCACCGCCACGGCUGGCAAACUGCUGCUGAAUAAAGAUGACCUCCUCCCCCCUG